AUGAAUCCAAAAAUUCUGGUUUUUCUGUUGGUUGCUUCCCUCCAAAUUUGUAGCAUAGCAGCACGGACUGACAUUGAUGAUGUUGCUGCAGUGAAGGCUCUUAAGGGUAUGUGGGAAAACACACCACCUAGCUGGGAAGGUCAAGACCCUUGUGGAGACCAAUGGGACGGCAUAAAGUGCAUCAAUUCACGUGUGAAUUCCAUACAAUUGUCAAGUAUGGGAUUGAAAGGACAGCUGUCUGGAUAUAUCUCAGACUUACAAGAACUUCAAACUAUAGAUCUAUCAUACAACAAGGAUUUGGGAGGACCUCUGCCAACAUCAAUUGGGAGUCUGAAGAAGCUAGAAAACUUAAUUAUGGUUGGUUGUGGUUUCUUUGGUCCUAUCCCCGAUUCAAUAGGAUCACUGCAGCAGCUGGUUUUUUUUGGUCAAAUUCCACCUUCAAUUGGCAAUCUAUCUCAACUUUUUUGGCUGGAUCUAACUGACAAUAAGCUUGAAGGGCCCAUCCCCAUCUCCACAGGGACUACACCUGGUCUUGAUAUGCUAAUUAAAACAAAACACUUUCAUCUUGGAAAGAAUCAGCUUUCAGGCAGAAUCCCACCUGAACUUUUCAGUUCGGACAUGCGUCUCAAACAUGUGCUUUUUGACAGCAACAAGCUCACUGGCAGUAUUCCUUCUACCCUUGGCCUUGUGCAGACUUUGGAGGUUGUGCGCCUUGACAGGAAUUCAUUGACUGGACCUGUCCCUUCAAACCUCAACAAACUUACCAAUGUCAGUGAUUUGUUUUUGUCCAACAAUAAAUUGAGUGGACCUCUUCCCAACCUUACUGGAAUGAAUAUUCUCAGUUACUUGGACAUGAGCAAUAAUAGUUUUGAUGCAUCUAAUUUUCCACCUUGGAUUUCUACCUUGCAGUCUUUGACAACAUUAUAUUGGAACAAGCUACGAGACCGAUCGCAACUCAUUGAUUUAAGAAACAAUUUAAUUGCCGAGUAUUCUCCAAUACCAGACAAAAGCAAGUUGAAGUAA